AGCAAACAAUGUAUUCUGUGGUUGGAAGUCUGUGAUGGCACCAAGCACUGCCUGCUCGGCGAAGAUGAAAGGAAUUGUGAUGUGAACCGUUGUCCAAGAGAGUGCAUGUGCUACUAUAAAAAGGACGCCCUCUAUGUCAGAUGUCAAUCGGGAUGGACAGCGGAUACAAUUGAUAACAUGGCAGCUAUUACGAAUGUGCUAGAACUUACUGGAGGCUCUGUCAAGAAGUUGGACCAAGGUCAUAUGAAACGAUUCCUAAGGCUUCAGUCGCUGUUUCUCACCAACAAUGACAUACGAGACAUCCAAACGCUGUCAUUUGAUGGGUUAAGCGAACUCCUUUGGCUGAAUAUCUCGCAGGAUAAUUUCACCACGUUAACAAAUGACGCCUUCAAAGGACUCGACAUGCUUCAAGGAAUUGGAAGGAACCACAAUUGACAUUUGCCAGCAAAGUUUAACGAACAGGUAGAGA